CUCAAUGGUGAAGAGAGGCGUUGUUUUGACUCAAAAACCAAACACUCAUUGACUGAAUGAAUGCAGUGUUGAGUCGGAUAUCAAUUGAUUUUCACAUUGCAAUCAAUUGAAUGAAUUGAAACCGCAUUUGCAGUCAAUUGUUUGGUUACAGUCAGUCAUACCAUCACUACAUUGAGUGCCAUAACUAUUAGUAAAACAGUCCAUCAGUUUGUCGUCAAAGCCGUCAACAAUGACUGUCUUAACUCAAGCGCUGAGCGAAAAGAAAUUGCAAAAACAAAAUGAUAUGAAAGAGCCGUUAGUCGACCCCUCGGCUCCUCAGGUUGACAUUGAAAGCGGAAGCACUGUUUCGUUGGCGAGCCUUCGGUCAAGAGCUCAACGAGUGAACAGUUUAACCACUCUUUGUGUCACAUUAACUGCUCUGUUAGUGUUGACCACUGGUAUUGUCGGCGGAAUCUAUUUGUAUCGUCAGUUCGCCCAAUACAGAUUGCGACACUUCAGAGGCUGGUGUAGUAUCCCAUAUGUGGAUCAAUCGGGUCGUUAUGAAGAGUUGCAUCGAUCCCUACCAUCGGAACAGUUACUUACGUCUCAACAACACGAUAGCAUUAAUCUCGAGAAUAUGAUUAACGAUUUGGCUAAAGAAAUGCGCCAAUCAAUGGGCGAGCAGUUGGAAGCGGCCGAUUCCAAGUAUUUCGAUGAAGAGUUUGAUAUAGACGUGGAGUUUGAACAAUACGAACGAAUAGAAGUCCCAAACUUUUCUCAUGGAAGAAGAGGACGAUUUGUUCACGACUUUGCAAAGAAUAUGACGGGAAUCAUAGAUGUAGACGACGGCCGGUGUUUUGUUUUGCCGCUUAACCGAAGUCAAGUACUUCCGCCGCAAUCGCUGUUUGAUUUGGUGGUUAAGAUGAGAACCGGUUAUUACGAUGUGGACACACAGAUUGUGCGGGACAUGUAUCGUGUGGUGACGCCUCCCAUAUCAGACUUCAAGAGUUUAGGCUAUUAUAUUGGCCGCGAGUGUGCGAAACUGCCCACAUAUCGAUUGGAAAGGAUGACAUCGCCUGUGUUUAAGCGAAGCAUUGAUCAGUCGUCUGAACAAUUGGUUGUGUUCUCUGAGUUCGCCGGCCUUGGAAUACAUGAGUUCCAGAUCGUGAACCUUCAGGACGCGAAGGGAAUCAAAUGAGUGCUUCACUCGCUUGUGUUAUCUCUUUUUAUUGAUUGGAUUUAACGGUUAAUUGUUUUUCAGUGAUCACUCAACUAAUUGUAUAUUUUGUUCUCAUGUUUUUGAGUCAUUGAUCUUAACUAAUGUUAGCCAAAGCGUUAUUUUUAAUGACAUCCUAUAUAUAGUGAACUCUAUAUAACCAAAUGCUGUAAUUUAUAUUUAAAAAAGUACUUUAAUAUCACUUCUUGUAUUGUAAACAAACACUUCUGAGAUUUAGUCACCGAUUGGUGUGAUAUAAUAAUUAUGACUUUAAUUUUGCCCUAAUUUUCGGUUUCUCUUCAAACUAUAUAUCAAAUAUAUAACAAAAAUUAGAGAUUUUUUGGUACAUUUGAAUGAAUUUAGAUUCUAAUAUAAAAUCCAUAUUACAGUUAUGGAUAUUUGUUGCGAGAAUUGUUAGUCGUUUUAUCUUAGGUUUAGACACUUAAUGUAUCACUUUGUCUGGAUUGGAGCCAUAAUACCCUAAUAAUGUAAUAUUUAUUUUGAAAAUAUGAUAUAUCUCUGAUUCAUGAGAAACCUGUGCUUGAGAUGAGACCAGUUCUCCAGACGAGUCAACAACCGAUUGCAACGCUUUCGCAUGUCUAACAGUCAAUUGAAUCAAUAGUUUUGUAAUUGUUUUAAAAACA